CAGCGCCGCACAAACUUCCGGUCAGGAAGAUGGCGGCUUCCUAGAGUCCUGAUUGACUAGCCGUGGUGUCCAGGCUACAGAGUAGAACCUAGGACUGUGUGAAUGCGCGCGAGCUUUGUGUUGCCGUGGUCUAACUUCGACCUGGCUUGCUGCAGCUCCAGGGACCUGACUGGCGCCGCCUCAGGAAAAAAGGAGCUUUGGGAAGCUUCAACUGUAUCUUUUCGGCUCGGCAAACCAAGUCUCCCAGGCAGGAUCCUGGCUUCCACUAUCCCCCCUCCAUCCAACCACUCGGGAACCAUGGAGGUAGCUGAGGCCAACAGCCCCACCGAGGAGGAGGAAGAAGAGGAGGAAGAAGAAGGAGAGGAACCGAUAUCUGAGCCCAGGCCUCACACUCGCUCCAAUCCUGAGGGGGCUGAGGACCGGGCCCUGGGUGCUCAGGCCAAUGUGGGCAGCCGCAGUGAGGGCGAGGGUGAAGCAGCUACUGCAGAUGAUGGUGCGGCCGGUGUCCCAGGAGCCGGGCCUAAGCCCUGGCAAGUACCAGCACCAGCAUCUGAGGUCCAGAUUCGAACACCAAGGGUCAACUGUCCAGAGAAGGUGAUCAUCUGUCUGGAUCUUUCGGAGGAGAUGUCUGUGCCAAAGCUGGAGUCCUUUAAUGGUUCUAGGACAAACGCCCUGAAUGUGUCUCAGAAGAUGGUUGAGAUGUUCGUGCGCACAAAGCACAAGGUUGACAAGAGGCACGAGUUUGCACUGGUCGUAGUGAAUGACGACUCCGCCUGGCUGUCUGGCCUGACCUCGGACCCACGUGAGCUCUGCAGCUGCCUGUACGACCUGGAGACUGCGUCGUGCUCCACUUUCAAUUUGGAAGGCCUCUUCAGCCUCAUCCAGCAGAAGACUGAGCUGCCAGCCACAGAGAAUGUGCAGACCAUCCCACCCCCCUACGUCGUGCGUACUAUCCUGGUCUACAGCCGCCCACCCUGCCAGCCCCCGUUCUCCCUGACUGAGCCUAUGAAGAAGAUGUUCCAAUGUCCCUACUUCUUCUUUGACAUCAUUUACAUCCACAAUGGCACCGAGGAGAAGGAGGACGACACGAGCUGGAAGGACAUGUUUGCCUUCAUGGGCAGCCUGGACACCAAGGGCACCAGCUACAAGUAUGAAGUAGCACUCACUGGCCCUGCCCUGGAGCUGCACAACUGCAUGGCCAAGCUGCUGGCCCACCCGCUGCAAAGGCCCUGCCAGACCCAUGCGAGCUACAGCCUACUGGAGGAGGAGGAGGAGGCCGGCGAGGGGGAAGCUACUGUGUGACCUGUGACAUCUCCACACCCUCAUUACUGGCCCUCGCUCAAUUCCACUUUGUCCACUGUCAGUUCAUUCUUUCUGGAACCAUUUUUGUCACAGGAAUAAAAAUCUGAGGCCCUGAG